AUGUCUUUAGUUUACAAGGUAGUUAGAAAUUUCACCAGAAGAAAUAUUUAAGUACUUAUGUUGGAAGAUUUUCCAAGCGUUGGUUUUGAAGGAUAAAUCGUUAACGUCAAGCCAGGUUAUGCUCGUCAAGCAUUGAUUCCUAGAAAUUUAGCUGUUUAUAAUUUUCCAGGAGUUAGAGAACGUUUGUUCCCAAAUAUCAGACAAGCUGACAUCGAUCAAAAAACUCGUUAUUAUAGAGACCUUACUAACUUCUAAAAUAAAGUUGAUAAUAUUAAUUUAGAAUUCUUUAAAGUUCCAUCAUUUGCCAAUCCUGCUUUGUUGAAGGAAGAAAUCAGUAAAAAGGAUAUUAUUAGAGAAGUUUAAAAUAAAUUCUCUAUUGAAUUAAAGAAUGAAAAUGUCUUCUUAGAAGAAAACAUUUAGCGUUUUGGCACUUAUAGUAUUAAUGUUAGAGACUUCUAUAAUGCUGAACUUUAAAGAAAGUUUGAGUUUGUCAUGAACGUCCAAGUCAAGUAACCUAUUAUCAGAGAAGCAAGAGAAGAGAAAGAAACUAAGGAAUCUAAGGACGCUAAAAAAGAAACUAAAGCUGCUGAAACUAAAUAAGCAAAGGGUAAAGAAAGUAAAUCUGCUAAAGAAAAAGAAGAUAAAACUAAGGGAUCAAAGAAAUCCAAGUGA